AUGAAGCUCAUUCUCGUCGCAGCGGCCCUUUCCGCCGUCUCUUAUGCCCAGCUCGACAUGGCUAAGAUCACCGACUGCAGCGCUCUCGACAACGAAUGCCGCACUGGCGCUGAUGCCAACAUGGCCACAUGCUCCGCUGCCAAUGCGCAGUGCAAGCAGUGCCAGAUCGACUACAACCAGUGCCGAGCGCCUGGCAAUGGUGUCUCUGGUAACCAGGCUGGCUGCGCAGCCCAAGUGGUCGCCUGUGUCGGGUCUGCGUACCCCUCGCUGAGCGCCUCCACCACCACCACCAGCGACUCAUCGGAUGAUUGCCAGUCGACUUACAAGUCGUGUGUCGCCGGCGGUACGAGCGAGGAGCUGUGCGGCUGCGACCUCGCCACCUGCACCGGCGAGGACAACGCCCGCACCCGCGACUACUGCGCGGCUCUGUCCAGCUCCAGCGCCGUCGCCUCGGCCACUGCCACUGCCACCGCGGCCGCAACCGCCUCGGGAUCUUCGGAUGACUGCCAGUCCACCUGGAAGGCGUGUGUGGCCGGUGGCAAGAGCGAGGAGCUCUGCAACUGCGACCUCGCCACCUGCACGGGUGAGGAUAACGCCCGCACCCGCGCCUACUGUGCCACUCUGUCCGCCGGUCUCACCACUGCCUCUGCCACUGGCGGCUCAUCCGCUGCCACCGGCCUCGUCACGAGCGGCGCACCUCGCCCGACCGCUUCUGCUGGCGGUGUUGGCAGCAACUCGACCUCCUCGACCCCGAUUGUCACUGGCGCCGCUACUUCUGUCGGCUUCAGCAUUUUCGGAGCCGCAUCUGCUUUCGUCUCUUACCUCCUGCUGUAA